AUGCAGCUUGAGGGGAGAAAGAACGGCUCGUCAGAAAAUGGCGCGAAUGCCAGGCGGCGAAGACGUAUCCACACAGGCGCAACGAACCUCCCACCAGCCCUCCUCCAACGCGCCCGAAACCUCGCGACCGAACACGACGACCUCGCCCGCUCCCUCGAGGAGAACUACGACUCCAAAACGGCCCGCCGCAUCGGCGAGCUCGCGAGCGUCGUCCACGCCCUGAAAGAAUGGGAAAAGGCACAGGCAUCCAUCGCCGAGCUCAAGGGCAUGCUCAUCUCGAAAGAUAAGGAGCUGCGCGAGAUGGCAAAGGACGAGCUGCAGUCCACAACCGGCCACCUCGGCGCCCUCUCCCGCAAGCUCUCCGCCUCGCUCACCCCCAAAGACCCCUUCGCCCACAUGCCCUGCCUGCUGGAAAUGCGCCCGGGACCGGGCGGCCUCGAGGGCCGCUUCUUCGCCGACACCCUCUUCAAGAUGUACAAGGGCUUCUGCGCGCGCAAGGGCCUCCGCGCGCAGGUCCUCAAGUACGAGAUGGCCGACGCCGCGGGCGACUCGACCUCGGCCGCCGGCGAGCAGCCCCUCCAGGAGGCCAUCAUCGAGGUCCAGGACCCGGGCGCGUACGAGGUGUUCCGCGGCGAGGCCGGCAUGCACCGCGUGCAGCGGGUGCCGGCGACGGAGAGCAAGGGCCGCACGCACACGAGCGCGGUGGCCGUGUGGGUGCUCCCGUCGUUCCAGGAGUCGGGCGGCGGCGGCGGAGCAGAAGCCGAGGACGUGAACAACCCGGACUCGGACUUCUACAUCGACCCGUCCGAGGUCAAGAUCGAGACGAUGCGGGCGCGGGGCGCGGGCGGACAGCACGUGAACAAGACGGAGUCGGCGAUCCGGAUGACGCACCUGCCGAGCGGGACGGUGGUGAGCAUGCAGGACAACCGGUCGCAGCAGCGGAACCGGGACGACGCGUGGAAGCUGCUGCGGUCGCGGGUGGCGCUGCAGCGGCGGGAGGCGACCCAGGCGGCGGCGGCGAACCUGCGGAACGCGGUGCUCUCCAAGAACCAGAUCACAAGGGGGGACAAGAUCCGGACGUACAACUACAGCCAGGACCGGGUGACGGACCACCGGGCCGGGAUCGACGUGCACGACCUCCCGGACGUGAUUGCGGGGGGCGAGACGCUGGAUAAGGUGUUUGACGGCGUGCGGGACUGGAUGGUGUCGCAGGACAUCGAGGCCAUGAUGGCGGAGGAGGAGGCGGCGGCGUUGAUGGCGGAGAAGAAGGCGCAGAAGUGA